UUCUGUGAUUCUGGAGUUCAGAGACUCUCCCGUUUGGUAUUCAUCAAGAGAACCAGAGGUUUCCUUCUCUCUUCUGAAGAUAUGACUGAUUCAGUUAUGACUCCACCUACUGAGACUCAUGAAGAAUCUUUUGACUUGCAACAAUCAUCACAUCCACUUCUAAAUGAACGAAUACUUUCAUCCAUGUCACGGAGAGCAGUUGCAGCUCACCCUUGGCAUGAUCUUGAGAUAGGACCUGGAGCUCCUGUGGUUUUCAACUGUGUUGUGGAGAUAGGAAAGGGGAGUAAGGUCAAAUAUGAACUGGAUAAGAAAACUGGACUCAUCAAGGUUGACCGUGUACUGUAUUCAUCAGUAGUGUACCCCCACAACUAUGGAUUCAUCCCACGUACUCUUUGUGAGGAUAAUGACCCAUUGGAUGUUCUUGUCCUCAUGCAGGAACCCGUUCUUCCUGGAUGCUUUCUUCGGGCUAAAGCUAUAGGCCUCAUGCCUAUGAUUGAUCAGGGUGAGAAAGAUGACAAAAUAAUUGCAGUUUGUGCUGAUGACCCUGAGUACCGACACUACACUGACAUCAAGGAGCUCGCACCUCAUCGAUUGGCUGAAAUCAGACGUUUUUUUGAAGACUACAAGAAAAAUGAAAACAAGGAAGUUGCAGUGAAUGACUUUCUGCCUGCCAAGACUGCAUAUGAAGCUGUCCAGCACUCCAUGAAUCUGUAUGCUACCUAUAUUGUGGAGAACCUGAGGAGAUAGGAUGGUUGCAGGGAUUGAUACUGAAGUUCUCUGUUGGUCUAUCGGUCUGUCCUGGUACUCAUAGUAAGGUUUCCUUAUGAAGAAUUUCUAUAUCUUUGUAUUUUCACAUUUUGAUGUAAUCAAACAUAUGCCUAUAUUAUUCUCCGAUGAAAGGACUUUUACCUUGUCUAC